UUUUGAGUUUUGACGGUUAAAUGCUGUUUUUUGUAAAUGUGUAGUCAAAUUAAAAUAUAAUUUUAAAAGUCAGAACCUGAUGAUAUUAUGCGACUCUAAUACUUGAUAGUUUAUUUUGUGACUAUAUGUUUAAUUACUGGAUAAGACUUAUUUAAAUAUCUUUAAAAUGCCAGAACCAAGUAAGAGGCAAAGGGUGGAGGAGGCAAUGGAUGUCGAUGAAAAUCCUACUUCCGAAAACGGCGGGAGUAGCCAAAACAAUGGUGAAAAUAGUGAUGUCGAUCACAUAUCCGAUGAUGAAGAAGGUGGUAUGCGAAUCGGUGAUAUUUAUAUACCACCAGCUCCAAAACCGACGUUAUCAUUUGAUACAACAGGACCGCGACUUAUUAUCACUCACAUUGUCAAUGAAAAUUUUAAAAGCUAUGCUGGCGUACAGAGUUUGGGUCCCUUUCACAAGAGCUUCACAGCAAUUAUUGGUCCAAAUGGAAGUGGGAAGAGUAAUGUUAUUGAUUCUAUGCUCUUUGUAUUUGGUUACCGUGCCAGUAAAAUAAGGACUAAGAAAAUAUCUGUUCUGCUGCAUUCAUCAAGCAAAUUUCCUAAUGUGAACAGUGCAAGUGUGGCUGUACAUUUUUGUCAAAUUAUUGAUGGGGAAGGCGAUGCAUAUACUGUGGUACCGAACAGCGAGAUCGUUGUAUCAAGGACGGCGUUCAGAGAUAGUACGUCAUUCUACACGCUAAACGGCCGACGUGUACAGUUCAAGGAAGUGGCAAGAAUGCUAAGGUCGCAUGGAAUCGAUCUAGAUCACAAUCGAUUCCUUAUAUUACAGGGUGAAGUGGAACAGAUAGCAAUGAUGAAGCCGAAAGCACAAACCGAACACGACACGGGGAUGCUGGAGUAUUUAGAAGAUAUCACUGGGACGUCGCGAUAUAAAGAACCGAUAGAGAAGCUAUCAGUACGCGUGGAAGAGUACAGCGAGAUGAGAAAAGAGAAAUUGAAUCGCGUGCGAUUAGUCGAACAAGAGAAACAGAAGUUGGAGCAGCCGAUGAGGGAGGCGGUUGAUUUAAUGAACCUGACCAACACGGCGCUUAGGACGAGGAAUAUGCUGCUGCAGAAAUAUAUACAUGAAACAAAUAAGAUAAUAGAAAGCAAGAACAAGGAGUUAGACGAACUGAAGGAGAGCCUCAAGCAAGUUGAUGAUAAACUGGCGCAAGUUAAACAGCAGCUUCAAGACAAAUCCACCGAGCUAAAGAAUGGCACACAGCAGUAUGAUGAAAUGCAGAAACGCAAAGACGAGAUAGGUGACAGGUUACAGUCGUGCAAGCGAACGCAGGUGUCAGUACAAGCAGAUACCACGCAGGCGAACAAAAAGAAAAACAAUCUGGAGGAUUUGCUGAAAACUGAGAGGGGAAAGCUGAUAGAAUUGGAAAUGGUACCAGAGCGAAAUGAACGAGAGAUUGCAGAUUGUGAGGUUUUAUUGAACAAACAUAAAGAGAGCAAGCGACAAGCUGAAGCCGAAUUAGAAACCUUAAUGGCUGGAGUUAGGGAACAAACACGUGGUUUCCAAGAGCAAAAGGACAGAUUGCAAUCAAAGUUGAUUGAUUUGAAGAAAAUCUUCAGUGAAGCCGACAAGAACUUCAAACUUGCCGAGUCCGAGCUGAAGAUCUACCUUGUAACGGAGACCAAGGAACAAGAGAAACUGGACAAAAUGAGAGACAGUUUUGAAAAGGCUGAAAAGGACUUGGAUGAGAAGAAAGUGCAACGCAGCAUUCUAGCAAAAGAAUUACCGGCACAAGAGAUAGAACUCACGCGGAUGCAGAGUAGGAUGCAGAGGUUGAAGAGCGAAGAGGUUACAUUGGAAAGGGAGGCGAGAACUUUGAGAAAGCAGUUAGAAGAGUCGAAGCAGACAAUGAACGCGAACAGAUCAAAGGGCAGGGUAUUGGAUUCGCUGAUGAGGGAGAAGCAAUCUGGAAGGUUGCCCGGGAUAUUUGGCAGACUGGGCGACUUGGGGGGUAUAGAUGCGACAUAUGACGUCGCAAUAUCGACGUGUUGCGGCGCACUCGACAACAUUGUGGUGGACUCGGUCGACACCGCACAAGCCUGCGUGGAGUUCCUGAGACGAAACGAUGUCGGACGAGCUACCUUCAUAGCACUCGACAAACAACAGCACUUGCUCAGAUACUGUCAGAACAAAACUACUUAUCCCGAGAACGCUCCGCGACUGUUCGACCUGGUGCGCGUGCGCGACGACCGCGUGCUGCCCGCGUUCUACUUCGCGCUCAGAGACACGCUCGUGGCUCGCGAGCUGGAGCAAGCGGCGCGAGUGGCGUACGGCGCGACCAGGUACCGAGUGGUCACCAUUGCCGGAGACGUCAUUGAAAUCGCAGGAACUAUGUCCGGCGGAGGCAGGUCAGUGCUGCGCGGACGAAUGUCGAGUUCCGUACAACAGGACACGAGCGAGAUUGACCCGGCGGCCCUGCGGGAAAACGAACGGAAACUAGACGAACUAACAGAAAGACUGGCAGAGAUACGAAAUGAAGAGACAACGUUGGAAGAAACCGUAGCGUCUUUAAUGAACAGAUGUCAGGAAGGGAAGCGAACGAUGUCAAGGUUGGACUUUGAUCUGAACACUUUGAUGGAGCAAGUACCUAACUUAAAGAAACAAAUAGAAGAACAAGAGAAGAGAUUGUCCUCGUUUAAAGUGGAUGAGGCCCAAAAGAAAAGACUGGAGGAGAAAGUGAAAAGUGCUGAGGAGGCGCGGGAACAGGCUCAAUAUAAUGCCGGGGAGAUUGAAAAAGAGGUGAGCGGCGUGGACGCACAAAUAGCAUCUGUGGCCGGGAACAAAGUGAAAGAAAUGCAGAAAAAUGUUGAAGAUUUGACGAAGAAGAUUGAGAAACUUAGCAGCGAGAUCACCAAACUACGAGUCGCGAUUAAUACUAGCAAACGAAACGCGAAAAAGUCCAAAGACAAAAUAUCACAGAUGGAAAGCGACCUCGCGGACACGUUGAAGAACCUGGAGAGUCUCGGCAAUCAAAAGAAACAGCUAACGCUUGAUAUUGGUGAGCUGCAGAAGAACUUUGGAGAGCUUGAUGAACAAAUAAAUGAAGGAACGGGCCAGUUUGCGGGUCUCCGCAAAGAGAUAACUGCAUUGCAGGAAAAUGAAAAGAAUUUGAAGAGUGAAAGACUCGAGGCGAACAAUGCCGUUGUCAAAAUGGAGAAAACAAUAAAGGAGUGUUCGAGCAAAACUCCGCUGUGGGAGAGAGAGCUUCAAUCACUACGAUUAGAGGACCCUGGUAUAGACAUCCCGGGAAUCGAACGUCCGACUCCAUUGGUGCGGCACUCGCCUGAAGAGCUCGAGGAGUGUAGCGUAGAAGAGUUGAGGAACCGACUGUCCGCGCAGAAGGCUCGAGUCGGUGAAGCCAAGCCCAAUUUACAAGCCAUUCAGGACUAUAGAGCUAAAGAGGAGGUGUACAUGCGUCGUGCGGCGGAGCUUGACGAUAUCACGAACAAACGGAACGAGAUGAGGGCGCUGUUCGAUCAGCUGAGAAAAAAGAGGACCACGGACUUUCUGAGCGGUUUCAAUAUAAUAACGACAAAGCUGAAAGAGAUGUAUCAGAUGAUAACACUGGGCGGUGACGCAGAGCUGGAACUGGUAGACUCGCUCGACCCUUUUACCGAGGGGAUCAUAUUUAGUGUUCGUCCGCCAAGUAAAUCGUGGAAGAACAUAUCGAAUCUGUCCGGCGGAGAGAAGACACUGGCGUCGCUGGCGCUGGUAUUCGCGCUUCACUACUACAAGCCCACGCCGCUCUACGUGAUGGACGAAAUAGACGCCGCGCUCGACUUCAAGAACAUAUCCAUUGUGGCAAACUACAUUAAGGAACGCACAAAGAACGCUCAAUUUAUAAUUAUAUCCCUGCGAUACAACAUGUUCGAGGCCAGCAACCGUCUGGUCGGGAUCUACAAGACUCAGGACUGCACUAAGUCAGUCACUAUUGAGAACAAAGAACCGGAAGACAAAGUUGCAGUUGAAUGUUAAAUACUAUAAUGAAUAAAGUUAACAUUUUUUUUUUCUGUUUUGUGUGUGGCCGGCUAUUGACACAUUUUUGGAAAAAAUAAAUAUGUGAUUGAAAUUUA